UAUAUGUGAUGUGAGCUCCUGCCAUCUACAUUGCGUUGCAAGAGCGAGCAGACAGAUUGUCUCAAGCAAAACAGGCCAAGAUGGCGGAGGCCGUCAUCGGGUCGCUGGUCGGGAAGCUGCAGGACCUAAUGGUGAGCGAGGCUCGGAGGAUGGCGGCGGUGAGCGACGACGUAGGGACGCUGCUGGACAAGCUCGUGUGGAUCGAGGCCUUCCUCCACGACGCGGAGCCGCGGCGGCGCGUACAGAGGGACCAGCACAUCAAGGUGUGGCUGCAACAGACCCGCAGGGCGUUCGAGGACGCCGAGGACGCCGUCGACCGGUACUACGUCCAGGUCGACCUCUCCAGAUACCCAAGCUGUACUCGUGCUACCGUCAAGUUCUUUGCGGGCUUCACCACACAAGUACGUGUGCGGCGCGACCUUUCUUACAGAAUCAAAGCAAUCAAUACAAGACUAGAAGGCAUCAUCGCGAACAAAGACAGGUACAAAUUGGACGAUGCAUCUGAUGCGCCAGUUGUGACCUGGGGACUAUCAGCUGACAUUUCUACUAGCACCGAGAAGAUGGAUAAUAUUGUGCUUCCAUUGGUGGCACGAGAGAAGCAGCUAGAGUACCUGAUGAAAUACUUAAAGGCAGAAAACGACACAGGAAGGCAAGAGGUGAUGUAUGUGAUAGGAAAGAGUGGUGUGGGCAAGACAAAGCUUGUGGGGAACAUGUACGAGCAGCACGAGACCAAGAAUCACUUUGAUGUACAGGUUUGGGUGAGCGUUGCACCCAAUUUAAGUGCCCCCAGCAUCCUGAAGUUGAUACUGUACAACUUGGAGAAGGAACUGUACGAAAGUAAGUACUUGGUGGUUAUAGAUGGUGAAGUUAGCAGCAUAGAGUGGGAGCGCAUACUAACUCAGCUUCCGUACGGCAAGGCCGGGAGCAAGGUAGUGCAGAUCACACAGACCAGACCAGAAGCAUCGCACGCCACCUGGCAAUGCAUUGAACUUGAUGAUCUCACUAUGGAUGAAGCCACCAACCUGUUCCUAGCGACACUCUUCAUAGAGGACAUAGAUGAACAGUACUGGAGACAUGUGCAUCAGAGUGUCCGUGAAGACUUCCAAGAACAAAUCUUCUACAUUACAGGUGGUCUGCCACUUGCACUUGUGCUUCUAUCAGGCCUUUUGAGAACAAAGGAGUGCCCUGCAGAAUGGUCUACAGUGAUUGACAACCUCAAGGUCAAGGCCCUUCGAUGGAAGCGCCUCGACACCUUAUUAUCCAUGUGCUUUGAUGACCUUCCACAUGACCUAAAAUCUUGCUUCAUGUACUUUGCUGCCUUGCCAGUGAACACACUUAUCAGCGCACGUAGCUUAGUGUGCAUGUGGGUGGCGGAGGGAUUUCUGGGACCAAAAGAUGGCAAGGGAAUGGAGAAGGUGGGCGAACACUACUUGAAAGAGCUAAUUGCAAGGAGGCUGGUGAACCUUCCACCAGCGGCGGAUCAAGCUUCUGGGGACGAGCGUGUGGCCAUCCAAAGCAAAGUACAUGCCUACUUGCUUCGUGAGGCGCAGGAGGCAAGAUUUGUGGAAGUCCAUAGAGGGAAUGACAUCUCUGUGCUGUCCAAUCCGCGCCGCCUUUCCCUCCAGGGUGAUAGGGACAAGUAUGUUGCUCUCGUUAACCCUCUGCCCAGGCUACGGUCUAUAUUGUCAUACUCUGAAAAGGUGGAUGAUAUUAGGGAAGAGGAAGAAGAUCAGCAAAACCAAGCAUGCCCCUGUCUCCAUCACUCAAGACACACGAACGACUCCAAGUCCAAGGAGCUCAUGGUCAUGGAGUCUGCCAUAAGACAACUCCUGCAAGGAUCUGAGUUCCUUCGUGUCAUCAAGCUGCAUGGCCUUGAGAUUGGAGACAAGCUACCAUCUGAUAUUGGGAAUGUGGUGCACUUGCAAUACCUCGGCAUCACCUCCUGCUCUCUGGAGCUCAUACCACCAUCAAUUGGAAAGAUCGCUGGCCUCCAAACAAUAGAUGUUCGAGACACCAAUGUCACGGUACUUCCCGAAGAGUUCUGGAAGAUUCGGGAGCUGCGCCAUGUUUUUGGCUUCCUCGUCCUUCCUAGGAAAGUCGGACACCUAAGGCACUUGCAGACUCUGGAAAGCAUAAAGCCCCCCGAUGUUCAUGGCUGGGAGAGAACAACUCUAGAGAAAAUGUUACACCUUGAAUCGUUGUACAUAUGGAAGCUCCCCGCCAGAAAUGCCAAUGCCUUGACCGCUGUCUUUAAACUCCAGUACCUCGUGGUCCUAAGCAUACAAGGUGAAAUCAUUAUCUCAUAUUUGUUCACUCAUUCCAACCUUCCGCGACUUCAGGAAAUGAGACUAAAGGGGGUUAUUGUGCAACCACCAAAUUCUCGAAAGAGCAGCUCUGGCUUCUAUCUCCCAAACUUGACGAGGCUAUAUUUGAAGAAGACACAGGUGACGAAUGAAUUCAUAAAUAAGCUAGGUAAACUGCCCUUUCUUGCCACUCUUGCCCUAAACCAUGACUCCUACGUAGACACAGAUGACCAUCUUGUAUUCAUUAGUGGGUUCCAAAGUCUCAAGAAAUUAGUACUAGAUGUGAUGCUGAAGAAGAUCGAAAUAGGGGACUCAGUGUUUCCUAAGCUUGAGCAUCUGGAGGUUUUCACCUAUUCAGAUGAUAUUUGUGCCGUCAUUCAUGGUAACAGACCUCACAUUCUAAGCCUAAUCAAGCAAGCCGAUAUCCGCUUGUGUGAUGAAUAGCCUAUCCUAGUCGAAGGUCGGAGCAUCAACACGGGAAUCUUCAAUUAUGAGAUUUGUAACAUAAUUUGUAAUUUGCUGAUUGUGUGUGUGUGCGCGUGCGUUUGUCUAUGUAUAAUGUUAUGAUUAAAUUUGUUUUUAUAUGUGGUGAUUGUAGAUGGGCUUGUGAUGGCUCAACGCUUGAGCCAGCAUUUCAAUACUGCCUAUAACUAUAUGUAAUAAAGUGGCCAAGAACUGGUUGAUAAUCCUGUAAUGGUUAAUGUAUGAUUGAGUACGUUCAAUCAAAAUGGACAGUACAGUAUUUAUG